ACAUAUGCGUGGUGCAACAAACACUUUUCGAAAGGAAUAAGCGCGUGAAGCCCUGGAGCUGUUCCGGAGCUCUUCCUAGGUGUGAAAGGAAUACAACUAUUCCUGAACUCGCCCCUAAUGUGUGAAAGUGGGAAUUUAUUUUUAUUAUGUUGGUACUAUUGGUUGAGAAGAAGAGAAAUGAUGACACUGAUGACAGGGGACUUGACGAAACGUCAUGCGUCAUGUUAUCUUCGUUCUUCGUUUUUCCAUUUCAUUUCAAUCCUCCAGUCAAGUCAAGUCGAAGGCCUCUAGUCUAGUAUAGGGAAUUUGCUUUUGUAGCGGGAGUGGUGCUAGAUUGGUGACUGUAUCAAAAUAAGGCAGUAGUGUUCUCGUUUUAUUUUAAAAACAAAAUACCUAAUUUUAUUUAAAUAGUGACCGGAUUAGUGUUUACGUUUUGAUCGCGAUUUUUUAAGUAUGUGCCUGAACGCAAGCUAACAACAAUGUUCCGCUGUAUACCGAUUUUCAAAGGCUGCAACAGGCAAAUCGAAUUUGUUGAUAAAAGACACAGUUCCCUUGUAAAUGUUCCAGAGGAUAUAUUACGGUACUCAAGAAGCUUAGAAGAACUUUUACUGGAUGCCAAUCAUAUCAGAGAUCUUCCAAAGAACUUUUUUCGACUACAAAGACUAAGGAAAUUAGGUUUAAGUGACAAUGAAAUACAAAGAUUACCACCGGAUAUCCAGAACUUUGAGUAUUUAGUUGAAUUGGAUGUCUCCAGAAAUGACAUUCCCGAGAUUCCCGAAGGCAUUGGGCAACUUCACGCCCUCAGGGUGGCAGAUUUUAGUUCAAAUCCCAUCGCCAGACUGCCGCCAGCCUUUUCGCAGCUAAAGUCCCUUACAACUUUGGGACUGAAUGACAUGUCAUUGACUAGCUUACCAACUGAUUUUGGUCAUUUGGUAUCACUUAUUUCUCUAGAACUUCGCGAAAACCUGCUCAAAGAAUUGCCUGCUUCGUUUAGUCAGCUUGUUAAUUUGGAACGGUUGGAUUUGGGCGAUAAUGAAAUCGACGAAUUGCCUCCUCACAUAGGAAAACUUCCGGCCCUUCAAGAACUAUGGCUAGACCAUAAUCAGCUCCAAUCCCUACCACCCGAAAUUGGUCAGUUGCACAAUCUGAGCUGUCUGGAUUUGAGUGAAAACAGGCUUGAAUUUUUACCUGAAGAUAUAGCCGGUCUUGAAAGUUUAACUGAUCUACACUUAUCUCAAAACGUUCUUGAAACUUUACCCGAUGGAAUAGGCAAAUUGGAAAAGCUCACUAUUCUUAAGGUUGACCAAAAUAGACUUACUUCAUUAAAUUCAAACAUCGGCUGCUGUCACAAUUUACAAGAACUAAUCUUAACUGAAAAUUUUCUUUCCGAAUUGCCUCUUGAAAUAGGCAAACUGGUUAAGUUGACCAACUUAAAUGUAGAUAGGAAUAGUUUGACAAGUAUACCUGAAGAAAUAGGUAAUUUAUGUGAAUUAGGUGUUUUAAGUUUGAGAGACAAUAGACUGACAUUGUUGCCCGAUACAUUGGGCGACUGUAAAAGAUUACAUGUUUUAGAUGUAUCUGGCAAUAGACUACCCCAUUUGCCGUACACACUAUUACAGCUUAGACUAAAGGCUGUUUGGUUAAGUGACAACCAAGCCCAACCUUUACUUACCUUUCAGACUGACACGGAUUCGGAUACUGGGAAAACAGUGCUUACAUGUUUCCUUUUACCGCAACAGGAAUAUCAACCUACCAUAACUUCCGAUGGCCGUUUGUAUCGUUGCGAUAUGAACACCGGUUUGAGUAAUGGCACUUUGUCCCGAAUCACAGCAUCCGGCGCCAAGGACGACGUUUCGGACGAUUGGCAGGAGCACGAAGCCAGCAGGACGCAUAGCGUGAAAUUCAGCGAUCCUCAGGACCAGGAGAAUAAAGAGACGCCAUUUGUACGCCAAAAUACUCCACACCCUCGAGAACUUAAAGCCAAAGCCCAUAAACUAUUUGGCAAAGGUGGAAGUCACGGUCAGACAUCUUUUGAAGAUUCUGAUAACCAUCCCGACGGAUUUGUUAAUGCUAUUCCUAACGAACCAGAAAAAAAUACUCCAGCCUUUGAAGCAAUCAAUACACAUAUUGUCCAUCCAGAACACCCAGCAGUACUCAGGACAGCAACUCCACCUGCAAUACUUGCUGCAAAUGUUAAAACUGAAGAGUAUCCUACUGCUGAUGUUGUAGGAAACGGUCAAGAAGACAGUGAACCUAGUCAGGAUGAAGAACUUGACGAGGAUUUCCUGAGACGUCGAGUAGGAUUUGUGCCCUCGGAUGGCAGUAGUGACGGUCUUUCCAAAGAAGAAGCGAAACAAUCGAAAUUGCAUAGACGCGACACUCCCCAUCAUCUGAAGAAUAAAAGAGUGACAACACCAAUCGAUAAGGAUAAAGUUGCCAACAUCAUUGCACAGGCAAUAAAACGGAAAGAAGACCACUGUGAAUCAUCAGAUCGGCUCAGCCUUUCCACCAAUCCCGAAUCAGUAGGAGACCGAAGUUCUGUCAGCAGUCAAGCUGGAGAUUCGGUUAACAACGACCCAUCGGUCGAGGUACGUGAAGAAAAAUACGAAAUUCGUAUUGAACGUUCUAAUGCCGGGUUGGGUCUUUCCAUUGCUGGUGGUCGAGGCUCAACCCCAUUCAAGGGUGACGAUGAAGGCAUUUUCAUCUCCAGGGUGACUGAAGGAGGGCCUGCUGAUUUAGCCGGUCUUAAGGUGGCCGAUAAAGUAUUGAAAGUUAAUGGAAACGAUGUCACUGAUGUGUCACAUUAUGAGGCAGUGGAGGUGUUGAAGGCUUCUGGACAAGCAUUGGUGUUAGAGGUUAUAAGAGAAGUAACUAGAUUGAUCAAGAGUAAACCAGAGAUAUCUGCAAAUAAACCAGAUAUAACUGGAUCUAAGCCGGAAACUUAUCAUGUAACUCCUCCUCCGCCAUUACCGCUCAUAAUCGAUACAGUCGAAACCAAAAAGGUUUUGGUUCACACUACCCUUAUCAGAGAUUCUAGAGGCUUAGGUUUUAGCAUAGCAGGAGGCAAGGGUAGCCAACCAUUCAAAGCUGACUCGGACGCCAUCUAUGUUUCAAGAAUAACAGAUGGUGGUGUAGCCGAUCGAGAUGGUAAAUUGGCACUCGGCGACCGGGUCAUCUCGAUUAAUGGUGUAGACCUUAAUGGCGCAUCACACCAGCAGGCUGUUAAUCUUCUUACUGGUCUCGAACGUUUUGUUAGACUUGUUGUUGAGCGUGAGAUUCCAGUAGACGAUCCAAUUCCGCAGGGUGCGUCACCAUCUCCUGGUCCACAGCAAAGUCCGAGAAUAUUCGGAUUGCCGAAACCCUAUACAGGCUUAUAUAGUGCAAAUAGUUAUAUGGCCAACCGUCCAUUUUCUGCUUAUAGAAGAUCAGUAGAGAGUGACGUUAGUAAAAAGAGCGAAUCUCCAGAGCCUCUCAUUAACAAACGCACUCCGGAAAACACACCACCAACUACAACCACAACCAGAAUUAAUCCUGUAGAACUCCCAAAAACAAAUGGAAUUGAUCAUAAUCAUACAGCAAACCAUGAGACCGCUAUCUCCACAAAUGCAACGCCCGUCAACUACGAAGCACCGAAGCCCGCCCCACGUCGUCUAAACAGCGUCAGCGCAGAAAUGCCGCCGAGUAAUGCGCAGAAAGAACAACCGCAACCAUCCCCGACGAUGACAAAUAAUAAUCAUAAGAAAGCGACUCCGACGUCAUCUAUCGAUAGCGAUGAACAGGUACUGCCAAGGCCUAUCACCAACGAAGAUUUUCAAGCCAUGAUCCCAGCCCAUUUCCUAUCCAAUAAUACCCAAUCCUCUCACCAACAAAUGAAUCCCGAAACGGCCAAUGGCAACGCCGCCGCGUCCGUUACAACGGUAACGAUACGAAAACCGGAUACGAUCGAACUUCCGCCCUCUCCUACGGGGCCCGGUCGAGUGACUGAGACUAUUACCAAAAGUACGUUCACGGAGACGGUGGUGACGCGCAUCACGGACAAUAAGUUGGUGGUGCCACUGAUUAUCGAGGAUGUAAUUCUUUCAAAGGCAGAAGGCUCUCUAGGUUUCAGUAUAAUCGGCGGCUCUGAUCACUCUAGCAUACCUUUUGGUGAUAAAGAACCAGGAAUAUUUAUUUCUCAUAUGGUUCCUGGUGGUACAGCAGCAAAUUCUGGCAAACUAAGAGUUGGUGAUAGAAUUCUGAAAGUCAAUGGUGAAGAUAUCACCAAAUUUUCUCAUCAGGAUGCCGUAAUGGCACUAUUGAGACCUGGAGACAGUAUCACUUUGUCAGUUCGUCACGAUCCCCUGCCAGAAGGAUAUCAGCAACUAAUGGUAACUUAUCUUGAUACAAUGGAAUUGGUAAUAGAAAAAGGUGAAACCGAACGACUAGGAAUGCAUAUCAAAGGAGGUCUGCAAGGACAAAGAGGAAAUCCCUUGGAUCGUUCAGAUGAGGGAGUUUUCAUAUCAAAAAUCAACACAGUGGGUGCGGCGCGUCGAGAUGGUCGUUUAAAAUCUGGUAUGCGUCUGAUUGAAGUUAACGGCAGGUCGUUAUUAGGGGCUUCACAUGCGGAAGCCGUCAAUAUUCUCAGACAGUGUGGAAAUACCAUUUACAUUAUUGUUUGCAAAGGGUACGAUAAGGCUGACAUAGACAGAGCCAUAUCGGAAGGUAGAUUAACUAGGGGCGGAUCUGUGAGCAGCCGAUCCCAGAGUGUAAGCAGCUUAGAUUUUCCUGAUGAAGAAAUUCUGCAGUUUGAAAAAGAAGAAACGGAAAGGCGUCUACAACCACUCUAUCAAUCUGAGGAUGAUCUUACGCUUGUAGAAGCGAAACCACCGACGCCUGCAGAAAAGGUGCUAGAUGUGGUGCAUGCAGUAGAAACAUUGGCAAAAGGACCGCAAGAAAAUGUAGCCCCUCCGAAAUCCCCAGGCGGACCAAAUUCUGAAUUGAAAACCACCACAAUUGUGAUGAGCAAGCAUACGCUAGCACCACAAGCCACCACUCCCCCACAAAGUCCAAAAAGCCAUGUUGUAAAACAGUCGGUGAGCGACCGAAAGAAGUUUUUUGAAAAUGCGAUGGAGGAAAGUCAAAAACCUUCCAAGAAAGAAAAAAUAUUCAGCUAUUUGAGUCCUGACGAAAUAAACAAUCUCAGAGCCGAGGAAGAUCGAAAAAUUGCAAAUCUAUCUUCGGCCGAAGUGAAUUCCAUUAAUGACUUAAGUCCAUCAGAUAAUGAAUCAAUUGAAUCUCAACCCAGAAGUCGUCCCUCAAGCACUAUUGGUAUAGUGAGAACAGCGAAGGCAGAGCGAAGAUUCCGUGAUAAGCUAAAGGAAGAGGGUCUUCUUACUGAUGAAGAUGAUGCUAACUUGUCUCCAGCCCAGGAAAGAACCCUACGAGCUGAAAAAAGAGCAGCCUGGAGAGCAGCUAGACUUAAGUCUUUGGAACAAGACGCAAUCCAAGCUCAGAUGGUGAUAAAAUCCAUGACCGAUAUGGUGGGGGCAAAUGAAAAUCCAAAGCACAGCUCCGUUGCUGAAGUAGUAGAUGGCAGAACUGAGGUUUCCAAUUCUUAAUAAGCAUUUUACUUGUCGCAUGUGAUUAGGUACUAACUUUCAUUAUUUUUUAUAUUUUUUCAUAGAACUGCUCAUUUUUCAGAUAGGGACCUUUAUACUUGAAAAAUAUUUUUGGUAAAUUAUAUUUUAAAAUAUAUUCAAAUAUCACAACAAAUUUUAAGCCGUAAUCUAGCUCUCCAGAUAUAAGUCUUAAGAUCAAAUUUUAAUGAUGUCUUUUAUUGGGAUUGCUCAAUUUCGAGAUUCACAGUAAUUUUUAAACCUAGAACUUCACUGGUGUGAAAUUUACUGGAUCAAUUUUUUUUCUUGUAUUUUUAUUCCGUCAUAUGUAUAUUUUUAUUUAUUAUUUUUUCUUUGUGAAUUUUUUGUCUCCAUGGUUCUUAAGAAUUAUAAAAAUAAAAAGAGUGUUUAGUCUAUUCUAGAGCAUCAAAAUGGUUUUAAAUAAAGCAAAGCGUCUUCAUCAGGCCACCAACUUAUUUGUUUCUAACAGCCAGAUGUUGAGUCUCCUAAUCCAAACCAAAGACAACCCAAACUUAAAAUUUAGUCAUCUUCGGUCUCUUUAAAAACUCUAAUGAACCUGAACCACUGUUAAUAAAUAUGUAGUUGUUAGUUUGUAAGCGAAAGUAAAAGGGCUAAGAUUUGUUGAGACGAUAAUUUUGGAUAAACCUAGUAAAGACUUCUCCAUUUGUAUUUUUGUUUUUAUUUGAAUAACAUUUUAUCUUUGAUAGGGAUUUAUUAGCCGAACCAUCGCAGGAAAGAAAUGGUGGGAAGAAAAGAGCUGAAAUAUAUUAAUAAAUUGACAUCAUUUUGUCCAUAUUAUACUAAAAUGUUUAAUGAGUUAAUUUUUACCCGCCAGUUAAGUCAAGUCCUAAUGGUCAUAAAGACAUUAUCAUAAUUGAAAUAAUAAUAAUAACUUAAGCAUUCUUAAGUAUAACCUAAUUUAACAAACGAUUAUUUUAGUUCUUAUUAUUUAUUGGUUAAGGUUUACGAGUACUUCUAGUCAUUUAAUCAAAACUUUUUAUAAGUACAUUAUGUCAUACUCGCAUGUACUGACUUACGUAACUAACACAUUCUGGACGCAUAGUUACAAGGCGUCCACGCUGACUCCAAAACUAACAGCAUGCUGACGCCAUCUCCCCCACCAUCAUCUAUCGACGAACAAGACGGAUCGCCUGCACUUCGACCUUCUUCGGCCGAUUUUCCGCGAUUGGCCGUUAGAGAAACUCCAAACGGUGCACGGACCGUGCGAGAAACCGAGAAAAUUCUGGGUGAAACUGUUACAAGAAAAACUGAAGAGUACGUAGACGAGGCCACUGGUGAACGGAGAGUGCGUACAGUGGAAGUGGUGGAGAAGCUGAUUGAGCGAGAGGUAUAGCGCAAGUACCGGCGCGUUGCAUGAUGCUGCUCUCUCUCCCUCUAUUUAGCACUUACUGAUCGAAACGUUAGAAGAGAAAAUUAUAUCAUUAGAAUUAACAAAACCUGACAAAGACUUGGUGGAUAGUGAAAAACACGACCUAUCAAAAGACGAAGAAUUGUUAGUUCCGAAAGAUGAGAAUGACGAAUACGACACGGAAACAACUGCAUCAGAACCACCUACACCGACUGUAGAAGAAAAACCCAUCAUAUCUGUUAACGAUGGUACUUCAACUAAAAAGAGGCGUCGUAAAAAAUCAAAAAAAGGCAAACAUUGAUAUUUCAAACAUUCCCAAAAGGUUUUUUUUUUAUUUAUAGGAAUUAAGAAUUAUCAGAACAGCUAUAUCUUGGUCUUGGGAGUCUACUUUAAAUUUAAUUAUACCUAGUAAGAUUUUUUAAUUUAUUUGUUGUAUUCUAUGUAUAAAGUAUCUUGUUCUAAUUUUAUCUAGCCUUGUGUGUUUUUUUUUUACUAUUACACUACUUGAUGGACGUACUCAGUGUAAGAAAGGAUUAUUUGAUUUUUGACUUAAGUACCUAAAUUUUCAUAUUUAACUUUGGUGCAAUCAGAAUUUUGUGCCUAUUUAUUUGUUGUUUGUUGCUUAAAUUUUGGCACGUGUACUUAUUAAUGCCUAGGAUUUUGCAGAUUGAAUUUUAUUUCAAUUUUUAGAUCCAAUUUUAUACUAUUCUCUUAGUAUGUCACAAAAUAAUUUAUAAGUGAACCAUAAAUUUUAUUUAAAAAUUAAUUUAGUUUCUAUAAAAAUAUAUUAUUGCAGUCAGAUUAGUAAUUUAUUGGAAAUGUAAACUCUGUAUUUUAACUUUUUGGAUAGGAUGUUGUAAAAACGACCACAAAAAUGAUGCAUUUAUUUUUAAAUAAUAAUAUUAAGUUUUUUUUUUUUCUAGCAUAUGAGAUAUAUAUUUUAAGACGUAAUGUUCAUUGAUAUACUUGUUAAUAUUUUAUAUUCUUUAUGUAAAUGUAAAAACACAAUGUAAACCCUAUGUGCUUCGGAAAAGACUCAAUAAAUCUAUA